AUGCCCCUCUCGCUUCGACAACAGCCCUCCCCUGGCAGACUGGCACCUGCUUUCCCCCUCUUUCCCUCACUGCUGUUCUGGCUGCUGCUGCCCAAUGCUCAGGCACUGCCCGUGCAGAACACAGACUCCCAGGAGGUGGUGCCAGUCUGGGUGGCAGCUCCUACGGCUCGCGGAGGGCAGGUGUCCGUCUUCAUCACCGCCUUCGGGAAAGAGUUUGCGCUGCACUUGGAGCCCGAUGCCAGCUUCUUAGCGCCUGGGCUGAAGAUCCAGCAUGUGGGGAGGAAGGAGCCCUCGGGCUUCCUUGCUCAGGAGGAGGAGGAUGUGGGGCUACGGCGAUGCUUCUACUCGGGGACCGUGAACACGCAGCCAGACUCCCUGGUGGCCGUCAGCUUGUGCCAGGGCAUCCACGGCUCCUUCUUGGUGGAUGGACACGAAUAUGUCAUCCAGCCCCGAGGUCACAGGAGUGGAGAUCCUCUGCUGCAGGUCCACCAACUCCAGAAGAGGGGGUGGACGAGAGAAGACCCUGGGGAGGUCCCAGAAGGGGAAGCCCAAGCAGAACCCCACCGUGCCAGCAGCAGAACCAAGCGGUUCACCUCGCAGGCACGCUACGUGGAGACCUUGCUGGUAGCAGACGCCUCCAUGGUCCACUUCUAUGGGGAUGACCUGACGAAUCAUAUCCUCACCUUAAUGUCUGUGGCUGCUCAGAUUUACAAACACCCCAGUCUGAAGAACUCCAUCAACCUGGUGGUGGUGAAGGUGUUGGUGGUAGAAGAUGAAAAGGCUGGGCCAGAAGUGUCCAACAAUGGAGGACUCAUGCUACGGAACUUCUGCAAUUGGCAACAGCAGUUCAACCCUCCAAAUGACCGUCACUCGGAACACUAUGACACGGCAAUUUUGCUAACAAGACAGGAUUUCUGUGGACACCAGAGCUGCAGUACCCUCGGAGUGGCGGAGACUGGCACCAUGUGCGACCGAAACAAAAGCUGUUCUGUGAUAGAAGAUGAGGGUCUCCAGGCAGCCUACACCUUGGCCCAUGAACUAGGGCACGUACUCAGCAUGCCUCAUGAUGAUUUCAAUACCUGUAAGAGGCUCUUUGGGGCCUUAGGAAAGCAUCACAUGAUGGCUCCUUUGUUCAUCCACUUGAACAAGACUCUGCCUUGGUCUCCUUGCAGUGCCAUGUACAUCACGGAAUUUCUGGAUGGAGGACACGGUGACUGUCUGCUUGAUGAACCGGCCGAAUCCAUACCUCUCCCCACAGAUCUUCCAGGCCAAGUGCCCUUAUACAACCUGGAUCAUCAGUGCCAGCAGAUAUUUGGCAAAGAGUUCCGACACUGCCCAAAUGCCACGCAGGAAGACCUUUGCUCCCAGCUCUGGUGCAAGCUGGAGGCAGGAGAACGUUUGUGCCACACCAAAAAUGGCAGCUUGCCCUGGGCAGAUGGAACACCCUGUGGGAUAGGGAAGAUGUGUCUGGAUGGCCAUUGCAUGGCACAAGAUGCAGUGAUGCCCAAGGCUGCUGUGGAUGGGAACUGGGGUCCCUGGAGCCCUUGGGGGCCAUGUUCCAGGACGUGUGGCGGAGGAGUGCAUUUCUCCAACAGAAACUGUGACAACCCGCUGCCUAGGAACGGAGGCAAAUACUGUGAGGGCCAAAGGGUUCAAUAUGAGUCAUGCCUCACUGAGGAAUGCCCACCUAAUGGCAAGAGUUUUCGAGAGCAACAGUGUGAAAAGUACGACAGGUACAACUUCACAGACCUGAAUGGGAAUUUGCUGGAGUGGGUGCCCAUGUACACGGGUGUGUCACCUCGUGAUCGCUGCAAACUGAUCUGCCGGGCUAAAAGAGGGAAUGAAUUCAAAGUGUUUGAGAACAAAGUGAUUGAUGGGACCCUCUGCGCACCUGAGACCCUCUCGGUUUGUGUACAUGGCCAGUGCAUCAAAGCUGGCUGUGACCACGUCAUUGGGUCACCCAAGACGUUUGACAAGUGUGGGGUUUGCAAUGGCAAUGGCUCAACUUGCAGGAAAAUAACCGGCUCACUCAACAGAUCCAAGUUUGGGUAUAAUGACAUUGUCACAAUCCCCAUGGGAGCAACCAACAUUGACGUCAAACAACACAGCCGCCGUGGGGUGAGGCAUGAUGGGAACUAUUUAGCCCUGAGGACACUGGAUGGCAAAUACCUCUUGAAUGGGAACCUGACUGUUUCAGCCAUGGAGCAAGACAUUUUCGUGAAAGGGAGCGUCCUGAGGUACAGCGGUUCCCUUACCACGCUGGAACGCCUCCAAAGUUACCAGCAGCUCCCAGAACCCCUCAUUGUCCAGGUGUUGACCGUUUCCAGCGAGAUGUUCGUUCCCAAAGUGUUCCCCAAUCCAAAGGUGAGAUACACAUUCUUUAUCCCCAAGGACGUCCACUUCAGCAAGCAGAAGAGCAAAGAGAAGAGCUUGGCCAACGUCAUUAGACCCAUGCUGACAUCGCAGUGGGUUCUGGGAGACUGGUCUGCGUGCUCCAAGUCCUGUGGUUCUGGCUGGCAGAGACGAACACUGAAAUGCCUGGAUGUGGAAGGGCAGAUCUCAUUGACCUGUGACAGGGCUGUGAAGCCAGAAGACAUCAAGCCCUGCAAUGACUUCCCAUGUCCCAUCUGGCAGAUGGGCCCUUGGUCCUCUUGUUCCCAAACAUGCGGAGAGGGAGCACGGACGCGAAGCGCCCUGUGCGUUGACUACGCAGGGAAGCCAGUUGCCUCGGAGAAAUGUGGCUUGUCACGACCAGCGGCAGCAACCAGUGCCUGCAUGUUCCAGGAGUGCUGA